AAGAAGCGAGGUUGCUUGAGCCUGCUGCUGUCAUGGCGGCGGCCAGCCCCAUUGCGGGGAGCUCGGCGCCGGAGGCAGCGGGUUCCCCUGAAGCCCCGCUGCAGUACAGCCUUCUCCUGCAGCACUUGGUAGGCGACAAGCGUCAGCCGCGGCUUCUGGAGCCGGGCAGCCUUGGCGGGAUCCCGAGCCCGGUCAAGAGCGAGGAGCAGAAGAUGAUCGAGAGGGCGAUGGAAAGCUGCGCCUUCAAGGCGGCGCUGGCCUGCGUGGGAGGAUUUGUUUUGGGAGGCGCCUUUGGGGUGUUUACUGCCGGCAUUGAUACCAACGUAGGCUUUGACCCAAAGGACCCCUACCGUACACCAACUGCACGAGAAGUUCUCAAGGACAUGGGGCAGAGAGGAAUGUCCUACGCCAAAAAUUUUGCCAUUGUGGGUGCCAUGUUUUCCUGCACUGAGUGUUUGGUAGAAUCUUAUCGGGGCAAGUCUGAUUGGAAGAACAGUGUCAUCAGUGGCUGCAUCACCGGAGGAGCCAUUGGUUUCAGAGCUGGUGUAAAGGCCGGGGCCAUUGGCUGUGGAGGUUUUGCUGCUUUCUCUGCUGCAAUCGAUUAUUACCUCCGGUGAGAGGAAUGGUCUGGGGUAAGGAGAUGGCUGGCCAGGAUGGAACUGGUCUUUGGAGGACAGUUUUCUGUACUACUUGGCAUUGCUUCAGGAGUAAUGGAGCCCAAGCACUGGUUUUUCCCUCAUACAGCUGAUGGUG